AUGCCCUGCACUUCUAACGGGGGCGAGCGCCGUGGGGUCCGCCGGGCCCCGCCCCCGCCCCACCGGAGGACCUGGGGUGCCGACCGAACUCUGGGCGUCCCGCGCACCGAGCCGUUGCGUUUGAAACCCACCAAGGAAUUCCAGCGCUGGACGGGAGGGGUCCACAGGCAGGCAGGCAAUUUGGCACAGCCGCCCCGCGGAGACAGCGCCCGUUUGAGGCUUUAG